AACGCAUGAGUGGAGCCCGAUGAAUCGUGGAGAAUCACCUCACCCAUCGCGCUCAUCCUCUGUGCGAACGAUCAUAAUGCAUGUAAUUACAGUUUCAUGUUAUUCAAGAAAGACCAGUUGAAGACGUUUCAUGUGAAGUCUUCUGCAGUGAGACCGGCUGAGCAGAUCACUAAGAUUGCGAACAUGCAUACUUGAUUGCCUGACCCUUUCUGUCCUCUCACCGCAAUCCGAUUUUCACCACUUUGACUGAGAGCUGUGGAAGGUCCGGUCAACGACUUCAGAUGAACGACCCGGACGAUGUCGCCCCGGGCUCGGGCGACGAUGACUGGGAGCUCAACUUCUCCCCGUCAAUCUCCUCUCUUUCAUCCUUUGCGCCAGAGGAGUUCUCUCUCAUAUCACAUCGCGCAUUACUAGACCCAACGCCAGAUUCAGGCCAUGUAACACAACCGACUUCACCUCGACGACAACCCCAACAACAACUGCAUGGAGACCGCCACAAUCUCAAUAAUGGUCAUAAUCGCCCGCCCACUCAAACCCACUACCAACAACAACAACAACAACAACAACAACAACAACAACAACAACAACAACAACAACAACAACAACAACAACCACAAAAAGCCGACUCAGAACAAGAAGAGCGAGAACGAGAACGGUCCCGCCAAAAACAGCACACCCCACCGCUCCAGCGCCCGCCACUGGGCAAACAACCUCAGCAUCACCUCACAUCCUCAGCAGCGCAGAUCUCCAUCCCAAUCCAGAACCUGCACACGCCGCCCCCAACGUCGCCCCGCCGCAGGCCAGGCCUCCUCUCCCGCUUACCGUCAGCAAACUAUCAUGCCGCUGCCGCUGCUGGUGCUGGUGCUGGUGCUGGUGCUGGUGCUGGUGCUGGCGCUAAUAAUCAUGGUGGCGGAAUCACCUCGCCAACAACAACCAACAUGAGCAGCAGGAGUAGCAACAGCAGCACCCUCGGCAGUCGUCUCGGCCUGCACAUGGGUAGGGGCACGGGACGGGGCGUGGGGCUGGGUGCCGGGCUGCCUAUCUCGCCUUUGGGGAUGCAUCGGGCCGGGCCGCCGAAGGGCUAUGGGCUUGGGCUUGGGGCUGGGCGGGGGCAGCUGGUCGCGGAGGAGGAGCAGGAGGGGGUGCGGGGCCAAGGGGGAGAGGAAGAAGACGGCCAGGGGCAGGGGCAGGGGCAAAGGCAGAGUCCGAGCCGGGUGCGUUUUGCAGCCGAGGAGGAAAAAGGGGGAGAAGGGAAAGAGGAGGAGGGAGAGGAGGAAGAAGAAGAAGAGAAGGGGCAAGAGGAGGGUAGGGGGUUUGAUGACCAAGAUGGAGACCAAGGACACGACAAGGUGGAUAAGGGCUCAAAUCCGGCCGGAGAGUUUUGGUAUGGACGUGACGAUGAUGAUGCGGAUGACGAAGAUGAUGGGACUCGCCUUAGUGUGGCGGAGGACGUCCAUGUGCACGAGGAUGAAGACUCUGUCGGGUACCAAGACUCCGAGAGGGAGGAGAGCUCGUUCUGGCGUGAUGGGGAGACGCUAGGGGGCCAUCCGGUCGGGGAAGACGACGGCCACGAUGACCACGACGACCACGUUCACCCUGAUGAGAAUCCACGCAAUUUCAAUGAUGCUCAGGAGGAGGAGAGUUCUUUCUGGCAUGAUGACGGGACACAGAAUGCGGGUGACGCGACUGGCAAACAACGGGACGAGGCUGACGUGCUGCAUGGUGACCCACAGAAGGAAGAGGAAGGGGACGAGGAACGGAGAUGGCAUGAGAGUGUGCCAGGAGAUGAAGAAGAAAUCAUCGAGGUUGAUACAGAAAACCUCCCGCCGGCUAGGGUUGAGCUUAUGGAGCGGCUCUGCGACCUGGUGCAGAGGCUUUCUUCGGCGAAGGUGGGCGGCGGCAUGGAGGCGGACGUCCUUGACGUCUUACAUUCCAAGGUUGAUGAGAUGGAAGAGCUCCUGCUGUUGGCGGAGGAGACCGCCCUGGUGGAGGCCACGGCGGAAAUGGAAGGGCCAGUCGAGGAGCAGUCACAGCCAGCGUCACAACCAGAGGAACAAGCACAGGAGCGACCGGAGGAUCAACUGGAAGGUCAAUCGGAAGGUCAACCGCAAACUCGACCACAGGCAGCGGAACAAGCGGAAGCGGAGAUCGAGGCUCCUUCGGAGCCCAGAACACAAAGUGAAGGGAAGAGGGACGCAGCGACACAGGUGGAAGAAGAGGCGCUGGGAGAGGUCAGGUCCGGGUAUAGGGAUGACAGCCGGCCAUCCAGGGGUCGGUCACCGGCCGCGCCCCCGGUAGCGCUGUUACAACCAGGAGACCAAGAUAUCCGCGACCUAACGAGCCCCAGCCCGCUCCCCUGGCUCACGAGCAAUUUCCGGUUCUCGGAACUAGACAUAUCCCCGACGCGCUCGCAACCGGAGCUAGCGGCCGCGACGAAUGAGGCUUUAGAGGCGGCGAAGCGAGCCGCCCAAGCUCAGAUCGAGGCGGCCGAGCGGGUGGCCAGAGAAGCAGAGAGGAUGAACGUCGAGCUAGCGGCGAUGGUGGGACGGUUGCAGCAUCUCCAUGCCCUCCUCGUCGACCGCGCCGAAGCCGCCGCGACACGCAUCCUGGACCUGGAACAAGAGAUCUGCGACCUCGAAGACGACAUCCUGGCCAACGAGUCCGAACUGCGGCACCUGCGGCUCAAGCUCCGGGCGGUCGAGACGGUGUGCCACGAGUUCGUGGGGCCCGACGCCGACCCGGACCUGUUCCAGAGCAUCGCGAACUGGAAGGCCGACUGGGUGCUGGUGCGGGACCGCAUGCUGGAGCGCAAGAAGGACCGCAAGGCGCGGCGGCUGCGGCUGCACCGAGCUGGGUGCGUCAUCAGCUCACUCGAGCAGCGCGAGCAGCAGGAGGACGGAUCGACCCUGACCAGCCUCGGCGGGCUGUCCAUGUCGGUGUCGCUGCUGGGGUUGCGGAGUGCGAGUACGCCGCGGAAGGCUUACUGACGAGGAAUUUAACUUUCUUUCUAGUGGCUUGGUUGGUAUGUAAUUGACGCUCUUUUUUCGAACUGUCUGUCCAUGGCAUACAUUCAUCGCCUUUGAUGAUUCCAGGACUACAGGACUGCGGUCGACACAUGGCAUGCAUGCAGGGAAUGGAGUUACAAAUGGGAGGGUGGGGGAUGAAGAAGGGCAUUGCGAGGGCGGUGUAAAC